AUGAGAGUGUACCGUGAUCAGAACAAAGUCAUCCCUGAGGGUUGGCUAGAUUGUCCUCGUUUUGGUCAGGAAAUAGGAUGCAUCAUUCCUUCAAAGGUUCCUCGCAGUGAAUCUUACAACGACUGUCUUCCUCGUGACAAAACAUACAUUUUGAAACAGUGGUUCACUAAUGGAAAGAAGAAGCUUGGUCUGGUUAUUGAUCUAACCAACACAACUCGUUACUAUCAUCCUAACACAGAGUUAAGGCAAAAGGGCAUCGAGCAUGUUAAGAUCUGUUGCAGUGGUCGUGAUGCUGUGCCAGAUGAUGUUUCUGUUAACAUGUUUGUCAACGAGGUUGAUCAGUUCGAGAGAAACAACUUUUCAAACAAGUAUGUUCUGGUUCAUUAUACGCAUGGUCAUAAUCGAACAGGGUUCAUGAUUGUCCAUUAUAUAAGGAUACAAUCAUAUCAGAGAUUACACAAAUCAAGGAUCCAGUUAUGUAUAUAA